AUGCUUUCCAAUAGAAGUCUUCUAGGCACAGAAUAUAGAGUGCAGUAUGCAGCUAAGAAAGGGGGACCUAGGAAGCGGGGCAUCAUCACACGUGACGCCAUUCUCAACCUUGAAUUGUUGGUAGCAAGCAAAAAACUGCAGGAAAAACUUCAAAAUUCAUCAAAGCCUCUUAGGAUUGGCUCUACCGCUCUACAGACCACUAGUGAACAUCAAUAUCAGCUAAGCAAAACGCGUGGAAAUCCAUCUCUAAAUUUCGGCCAAUUUCCAAAAUCCGGUUUCUCCCUGACUAGCGUCGGCAAUCCACGGCCUUUUGCACGCGGAAUUAACGACUCAGAAGGUGAACAGGCCUCGAAGGAAAAAGUGUCGAUUGCAGUGCUUAUUUUUGCGCGUUUGGAGAGGUACGAAGGUUCCUGGCCUUUACCGAGGCGGCUGAUUGGCCGAGGCAUAUUCGCUAGCGCGAUCGGGUUGCUGGAGGAGUUCCGCAGAUGUAAUUGGCCACUCACUCUCAGUCCACUUCGCUCCAAGACCUCUAAAGAAGACUCAGAUGGCUUAUUAUUGGCUUUUAAUCUCCAUGAAACUGUGGGAACAUCGCUCUCUUCCGAAAUAUUUCCUCUCCAACCAUCACGGCCCAGUUUGAUCAUGUCUCUCACCCUCCUCUCCCCUAUGCCUGCAAGACCGAAUUCGUGGAUGGGAUACCAAAGUACCCCACCCAGUGCUUACACGAUAGGAUUAUCGUGCGUGGAAUGGAUCAGUAAUGAGCAAAUUUCUGAUCAAUGGUCUUGCACUUCCUCAACAAUAGCUUUGCUCGACAUCCUAGAUCUCACCGAAUCUUUCUCCAUUCGCUAUUUUAUAGAGUUGGGAUUGAAGUUCACGUCUCGACACGUUUGGUUCGUGUUUUCUGUGCUAUUAACUGGGACAAAGUGCCCGCACCCACGUCCCAACUCGGGUCAUCAAUACAGUCACGUUGACUCAGCAAAAUCUUACUCGGCUCAACCUCAGCCCAAUACGCUUACGUUUGCACCGCCUCAACUCACGCUCGCUCACGGUCUACUCAAACUCAAUCAGGGUUGCUCAAGCUCGAAUCUUGCUGCCUCAGGCUGCUUAUGCUUCGCUCCAUUUUCUGUCCCGGUCCUGAUUUUGCAUCUACAAUCAUACUCUCUGAAGAUUUAUCUUGAGCCUCCCUUUGUGCAUUUACUGUUAUCGUUCCUUCAACGGAUCAAUCACUACUAUACAGAAAGAUUGACUGUGAACCAGAAAGCAGGGUUCCCAAUUUUAGGACCCCCCCGAGCCCAGAUGAUGAAAGCUGUAUUCUCAGAGUCUCAUGGACCUGCGCCCUUUAUCACAAAAGCGCUUAUAGUUAAGCCGUUGCCCAACUAUCAGGUAGACAAUUGUAUCGCUAUGGUCGUAGUAUUAACUACGCGUGACCAAGAGCUUCUUGCACGCAGCAGUACAACUAUUACGGCUAUUGAUCAGUCAAAGGUCAAGAACAAAACCAUCGAAGAUGACUCUAGCAAGCCAUCAAUAGGCAGUGUAAGUUCAUGUUCUGUCUUCAUGUUCAAGCUCAGUCAUCCAACCGCAAGUAUAGAAUAUGUCAAAGACCUAGAGGACUUCAUGCUCUUUGUUGGCGCUGUUUCUCAAAAUGAUAAGGAGCAUAUGACGAAGGCUAAGCCCAAAUUCUGCGGCGACUUCUACUACGGAGUAUUUAGUGUUUACGCAUGGAGACGGAGCCCAAUCGUACACGUUAAACCAAGAGUAAGGUUUAUCCAGCAUCGUAUCACUACGACGAACUUCGAGAGCGCCGGUAGGAUUGGCGAAUUUGCUAAAUCUGAUAGAAGAGAUGAUGGAGAAGCAGAAGAUGAAGCUGAACAGAGUACCUUCAAGAAUUCUAUUAACAGCGAGUUUCAGGAUGCAUACAUGUUUACAAUGUUCAGUAUGCAAUCUAGGAAGACGGAGCUUUACAUCAGACUUACGAAGGAUGAAAAAGGCAAGGGCGCAAACCCACAAGACAGGCAACGUUUUUUCAUACGCAGGCGUCACCAUGUUUGUCCUCUGUACGAAGUUCCUAUCAUACACUGUAUUAAGACCGUUAAGAUGUUUGGAAGUCUCGGAAAUCAUACUUUUUGGGGGGUUAUCUAUACUGAAAUGACUGUGAUAUAA